AUGGAAGGAAUGGCUGAUAAUCAAUUUCCUUCCGUAGAUGAAGCACUUUUGGAGGAAAUUUGGGAUUUCAUUCAUCCAAAGGAUCGCCAUUUGUUCCAUGGAGCUUGCUCUAACCUCGAUGAAUUGAUUCCGAAAGAUGAAUUUAGAAUUCACCUUGUUAACAACGAAUUUAAGUUAUCAAGUGACAAUCGCGAUUAUUUAUAUAAACGGAUUGAAAAGUUGACUGGACUUAAUUCUUCGUUGGAUAAGUUUCUGACCGAGAGCAAUGGCCAACGGUACACCAGCCUUAUCGACAGUUCUUCCUACUUUGAUUUGUCAAAGAAACUGUCGAAAGCUGUUAAAAAUACUCUUCCUGAUGUGCGGAGGUGGUUUGAUGAAUACAAGGUGACUACGCUGUACAAUUAUCGGAAGAUUUUAAGGGCACACACCCGUCUCAACAAAUUGAAAAACUGUGUUCCAUUUUUACAUAUUUACCGGGAAAUGUAUUAUGUUAGGGAAUUUUUAAAGAUGGUUGAUGUGCCGGUAGUGUAUCGGAUAGUGGCUUGCUCGUAUGGUCUUCAAUACGCCAAAAAUGUGUCAGAAAAGGACGCCAGAGUAGUUGACACGGUAUUUUUUAAUGUACUGAGGGAGCAUUUUUCAAGGACCAUCGGAAAGUUGAUGACGAACAUAUUCAUUAAAAACCAGUAUAAGUACAACCCCUGCGACAAGCUGCUCAUGCUCAUGAUAUUUGGACAAACAACUGAGGAAUCCUGCAAUUACGUAAUUGGCCUUUUGAAGGAUGAACUGGUGUCAGUGACCUCGUUGACAUUGCAGAAAUAUUUGAUGAUGGAAAGCGACGGUGUGGGACUGAAAUGUGUAGGUUUGAACAAGAGGAAUGUGGCCGCGCAGGCCUCCUUGCUUCCCCCCGAUCUAUCGCUACUUGUCGUCUGUAAAAUACUAUCGGAAUUUAUCGCACUUUUUCAGAACUUGGUCUCAAGUUUGAGCUACGAAUCUAGAGUAAUUGACUCUAAGCACUGCACAAAUUUUAGCACCGGUAGUAGUACCUUGGACGUUUUGUUGAACGGCCUGAAAAAGGCCGACUACCGUUUGUGUUAUAAAAAGUGUUUAGACCUGUUUGUACAUAAAUUCGCACUGUUGGCUGAAACUAGCUUCGAUAUUCUGUGGAAACUGGUUUCUAACUUUAACUUAAACUCACUGAAGGAUAAAAAUGAUGUAUUAAAAAUAUCGCUGUUAAUUUUGUACUAUAUUACACUGCAGAGUAGCCUCAAUGAUUCCAACGGGGCUGAUAAAUAUGAUCACGAUUGUAAAUAUAUAUCGUUGGACCCUGAGUUGAUCACUAUAUUGAGUGAACACUGUAACAAAAACUUUUUCUUUUUGAAAGACAUGGAAACUUCGGGGCAGAAAACGUCCCUCAACAACUUGGAAAAUGCAGUAUCAACCUACAUGAACCAUUAUUCUCAAAGCUUUACAUCAGAAUGCUUGGAAAAUAUAGCAAUUUCACUCACGAAUGACACUUUCGAAAGGGUGGUUGUGAACCCAGUCACAUUUGAAAGAUUCCAAAUGGACUUGUUUUGUAACAUAUUUAAAAACUAUUUAGCUUCAGGAAAAUUAAUGAGGUUCGGCAACUUUAAGUUUCCCGCCGCUAAUCCCCUUCUGGGAUGGACGCCGAAUUCAAACUUCGUGACAAUUAACGUGCUCGACCGUUUAUUAACUGACCCAAUGACCAAUUAUAGUCAAUCCAGCAGUGAAAAUAGAAGGGAAGUGGGAGUGUUGGCGCUAACUCGAGAUUACGGAGGCGUUUACACGCUGACGUCGAGGAUGGUUCUCAGGGCCUUCGAGCAGUAUUUUAAGAUGGUUCUGGUCCAUCCCAAGGAUUUCUUAGGCAUCAUGAAGCAUUACACUAGGAUACUGGAUAGGUACAUGUACGCUAGCAUUCGUUCCUGCAAGGUUGACGCCCUGGUGAUUCAGAACCUGAAAAGGUUCAAUAAGGUGUUUGGCCAGCAGGAAAUGGAAACGUACGAAAGCAUCAGCACGUGUGAUACGUAUAGGAACGAAAGGAUGGAGGAAACCAGUGUUUCUGACCCCUUAAGACUGAGCUAUGUGGUGAACGCCGUGGAGUCGUGCUUCACCCUGCUGGAGUCUCUGGCGCUGGUGACCCACCAGAACAGGCACAAGGAUCCGGAUUCGGCCAGGUACCUAAAACAGUACUAUAGGGAAAGAAAUGAAGUGGUGAUGGAGCUCAGGGUGGUCUUAUACCAUGUGGUCGUCUAUAACGUGCUCAGGCCGGCGCUGCCCAGCGUUGCCCUGAUGAAGGCAGUUAUAGAGGCGAAACCCUUACACAUUCCAACGGACGUGGACAGAACCUUCGAAAACUUUAAAAGGCAUCUGGUUGCCCUGGACGGAUUCUUAACUUCGGACCGACACACCGGUUUUCCUCUCAUGGUGAGGCUGCUUCUGUGGGAUUCCAUAAUUAACGUCAUAAGGGACUCUUUUAAACCCCUUUUGAACCUCUUUGCCAAUGACUCGAAUUCCGAGUUGGGUAGGUCGAUGCAUAAAAAUUAUUCUGAAACUCUGGAAAUUUCAAUUGGGAUUCGUGCCAGGCACGUGGACCAGGUUCAGGUGGACCACGAAAGUCACCGGAGUGUAAUUGCAAAUAUACGCACAUAUUAUAAAUUGGUAGAAGAAUUGGUGGAGUCCCUAAAAUGA